GUGCAAGUUAAACUGUCAUAUCUUAUGUUUUAUUUCUUCUAGAACAAUCAUAAACAUUGUUUUGAUCAUCAGUUACUUGUAACAAUUGACCAUCUAGGAAGCAUACUCCUAAAACAAGUAAAUAAUGAAUAUGACAAAUGUAAACACUCACUCACUUGACCAUAUCUAGUUUCUCAUUUCUGGUACUACUUAAGUAAAUUUAUAUGGUGAGUACAACCAUUAUUGGGAUGAAAAGCAAAGAAAACGAAAAAACAAUUAAGAAAUAUUUUAGCAAAAAUAAAAUAAAAUUCACAAAAACAAAAAAAACGAUAUUGAUCCUAUUAGUAAAUUACUUGAUCGAUCUCCAUAUUAGGUGCUUAAAUAUGUGUUAAUCCUUUGAACCAAACCUACAAAGUUAACUCCAUAUUAUUCAAUGUGACCAAUGUAAGAUUCGAUACGUAGCUAUUUACCCUCAGAGAGUUGAUAAUAAGAGAUAGACUUAUAUUCUUCAACUUAUUCACUAAAUCACCCUUCAUUGAUGCACCAAAAAAAAAAAAAAAAAACACACCAAGCUUAACUUAAAUUUGUUAAUUGACUUAUGUACGGACGAGAGUGGUAUGAGAUGCCUAAUUAACAAAGUGUUGGGAAUGAUGUUCUCUUAAGCAUUAUUUGCUUAGUUGUUUGCCAUUUCAGUCCAAUUACCACAUUAGAAAAAAAAAUUAAAAAAUUUAUAGGAAAGAACUAAAAAUGUCUUUUCAUGAGUGUCAUAGGGGUCCCAUAUUAGGCAUUUUGGGCUUCUACAAAUACCUGACAAUCCCCCUCCCCUUUGUUAUAUGCCAUCAAGCCUGAAAAAACACCUCAAACAUCAUCUUCAUAAUCCUUUCAACAAUUUUUUUCCCAUUCUUUCCCAUCUCUUUUUUUUUUUUUUGCCUUUCAGAAGGUUUCUUCAAUCUCAUCUGUUAAUUUGGAUGCUGUUGUUUCCUUGAGAGAGGGAAAAAAUUGUUGGGAUCUUAAUUCUUCUCUUUUCAAGUCUGUGAAAAUGUCCACUUGUGUGAUGAUGAUGAGCAAGAGCAACCACUUGCAAUUUGCCUCAUCUUCUUCUUCUCCUUCUCCUAUAAAGCUUGAAGAAGAGUCAUCUUCACAGAAGCAAGGCAUAGUAUCCAUUCUUGGAUCAGACUCUGAAUCAAGCAAAUCAUCAGCUGCUUCAUUGAGAAGGACUCUGUCAGCUGAUAUGUCUUCAAAGAAAUGGUUAGCCCAAAAUGGCUUCAACAGCAGCAACAACAACAACAACAAAGUAAGCCCCAUGAAAAGGAUUGCUUCAUCAGAGGAGCUGCUGGCAGUCAAUUCAUCGUCGUCCGGGUUGAUCCUUAUGGAGGAUGAUCAAGACCAUCAGUUCAAAGGGCAUCCUGGACAGGAUGAAGUGUGGAGGUCAAUUCAAGCACAGAAAAAGGCAGAUGCUGAUGACAAGUGGACAUGGGGUUCAAUCCUUUUCGAGAAAAGGAAUGAACAGAAUUCAUCCAAACUUCCACCUCCUUACAUUCCACCCCUGAUGAGAAGAUCAACUAGCGGAUUGAGUGAGAAAAGCCUUGAAAUCUGCACUGAAAGCCUUGGAUCAGAGACUGGUUCUGAUGGCUUUUCAUCCUACCCUCCUUCUGAAGUUGGAGAUGUGGAGGAUGAAAAAGAACAUCAGGAACAGAUUCAUCAUCAUCAACAACAGCAAUUUCCAGCAGAUUGGUACGAUGAUCUUCAGGUUGCCAAGUACAGUUACUCCAACUCUAAGAAAGUAGCAUCAGGGCCGAGAUCCUUCCCUCCGCCUCUUCCUUCCUUGGCUCGCGACAGUGGCGCCUCUGUUCACAUGCAAUCUCACCGACAAAAUGGUAGAUUAGUCCUUGAAGCUGUCUCUGUCCCAUCACAGAACUACUUCCAAGCUCAUCGUGAACACGGCCGCCUUCGCCUUUCUUUCGUCGAUGAUCCUCCCACUUCAGAGGACGAUGAUGAAGUUGACGAGUGCGAUGAGCAGGUGUUCGACAAUUAUGAGGAAAUCAACGGCGAAAAUGAUCGCGACGCCAGCUCCUGGCCUCGUGAUCAGGACGAAACAGAGGAAGAAGAAGAGGAAUAUCCAGAUCAGAGGGGUGAAAAUCCAUCAUCAAAGCUGAAUGUGUUCAAACCAACAAGCACAAUAUUGGUGAAAAAGAUAAUGGGGCUAGAAAAAAAGAAUCUUUCCUGGUCUUCAAGAUUCAACAGAGGGGCCAACUUGUUGGAAGUUGAUCAGGAGAUAAUGGUAGUGGAAGGAGAUGACAAUGAACCAAUCCAUCCACCUCCAUUACCUCAAUCACUUCCACCAGCACCACCCCGGGUGGUGGCGCGUGUGAUCUCAAACACGCCGUCAGGCACCUCAGCCGCCGCGGCCUCUUUCAACGCUUACGAGUACUUCUGGAGGGAGAGUAAGCCCACAAUGGCAACCAUCAUCAAACCAGUAUCCAUUAAUGCCAAUACCAAUCAACAAGAGAAACAACAAAACCAUUGUUCAGCUGAGCUGAAAAACAACCAAACCAAGCAGGUCAAUUUAUCAAACAGUUUGAAUGCAUAUGAACAGCAACAAAAUCUGGUGGUCAUGAGAGGCGGAAACAAGGCGGAUUAUUUGGCCCCUUUUUUGAAGAGAUCAUGCAAUGAAUCAAGAAGAUCUCUAUUGCUUUGGGAGCCUUACUGCAUUGCCACUUGAUUCUUCAUCAAUCAAUCAAAAUUUCAUCAUCAAUAACCCCACCGCCUCUUUUUUUUUUUUUUCCCACAAUUCUGUUCCAAGAAGUAUUCAUAAAUUACUUCCCCCUCCCCUUUGUUUUGUGUAUUGAUUUAGUAGGGUGUUUUUUUGCUCUUUUGACAAAAAAAAGAGUUUGUGUAGCCAAAAGAAUAAAUAUGGAAAUUUUGAGGGGGAGAAUUGGAAUGUGUUGAUUAGUCUGUAUUUAGAGGAUUUAUAAUUUCAUAAAUUAUUGAAGGAAAAAAAAUUCUUAUGUUACUUGUAUUUUACUUGUGCUAUUCUUAGUAUGUUAAAUUAGUUGAUGUGCAACUAUAUCCAUGUUCUUGACUAAUAAUUAAAAUCUUUAAGCGUCA